AUGUCUCAGGUAAUAGAACCGCACUUAGAUAGAACAACAUACUACUCAAUACUAGGUUUAACUUCGAAUGCCACGUCCUCAGAAGUACAUAAAUCAUAUUUGAAGCUGGCUAGGUUGCUUCACCCAGAUAAAACGAAAUCUGAUAAAUGUGAGGAUCUCUUCAAGGCUGUUGUACAUGCACACUCUAUAUUGACUGAUAAGGACCAAAAGCUUCGAUAUGAUCGGGAUUUGAAAAUUAAAGGCCUAUACACUUACCAGCAGAAGAAAUACUGUUAUACUUUCAAGAAUAAAGUAAAGGAACCUCACGAAACGAAUCAGAAGCCCACUAAAUCUGAGAUUCAUCACAGGCAAGGUAAACCUUAUGAACAGCAACCGUAUGGCUUUGGGGUAGGUAAGAAAGUGAACACAUCAUCUAAGAGUAAGGUUCCCAUAUUCAAGUCCUUUAACUUGAAAGGCUAUCAGCGAAAUCAUUAUUAUUCAUUUAAAAAGGAGAACAAAUAUGAAACUCCAGAUGCUGACUCUUUAUUCCAUGAAACUAAUGGAGCCUCAAAAGUAAGGAUGACUAGUCCCAGUUCAGUGAAUGCGAGCUCGCCCUUCCAAGAAAUAUGGGAAACCUUAGGUAAAAAAACGAGCAAUGAUGAAUCAUCAUGCCGUGAAAAAUCAGUAUUAAAUGAUGAAGAAGAAGUACGAUAUCAUGCAGAGACAACGAUGUGUAGUGGCCCUGAGGAAUACCAAAAAUACAAUGAAGAAUCAAAAAAGGAAAGAAGAAAUUUGUCAAAAGAAGAUACAGAAGAAGAAAUGGAAUAUAAACAGUUUAAAUUGCCCAAAAUCAAUGUUUUUUCUAAUGGAUCCUCUGAACCAAAUUUGCAAUCACCCUUUUACAAUCAUGAAUAUAGACAUUACGCAAGAAGCAAAUUCCAAAAUAGAAAUCAAAACAGAAGAUCGGUUUCCCCUACUAAAGAAAUGCCUACAACCUCAAAAACGGCUGAAGGAUGGAACAUCUUGAGAGAUAUUGUUGAAAAACUAAAUAUAAGCAGUGUAGACGAUGGGAAUAAGGAUACAUCUCUUCGUAAAAGUCAAACAAACGAGAAAAGUUACAGUGAAACAAUUAAUAUAGAAGAGUUAUCUAUCAGAGAACCUAAAGGAAUAAAAAGAAGGAAGAAGGACGGCAUAUCGUUAGAAGAGUUAUCAAAAUCCUUACCGGAAGAGAAGGACUUUUUUGUCAUGAAUGCGAUUAAUGAAUCAUUGGACUCGAUUAAUCUUUUUAAGAGACCUAAGACGGUACAGAGUCAGACCUCAAGUGAUAUCCAAAGAGAAGGUAAUCAUGUACAGUCUGAACUAUCAUUGGAACAGUACGGAAUUACAUCUAACGUUUUGAGUUUGAAAAUUCCAGAAAUUUUAGAGUUUAAUGCAUCGACCGACUUGAAAACUUUGAAGCUCGAUGUGCAAAUGUUCAAUAAUCACUGCAAUGAACUCAAGGAAGAGUUGUUACAAGCAUCAUUACGGCGUUACAGAGCAGACAUGCAGCUCGGUGAAAAAUUAAUGGAGAAACAGAAUAUUGUAGCCUGGAAAACAUGCUUGGAAUUUGAUAGAAGUUUAACAGAAAAAAUGAGAAUCGUACAAGCAAGACAGAUGCAGGUUGUUGACAAUUUUUCUAAGCAAUGUGACAGCAGUUUUUGA